UUACCCAUUCAGUUAAGUCUUGAGACACAGACAAAGACGGUUGAAGUCAUGGAUCCCUACACGUCGCAGAAGAAACUAGUAAGGGACCAAAAGGCCUACCAGAAGCUACGAGACAGUAAGGUGCCGUUAACAAUGCGGAAACUACGCAGGAUGGCCCUUCUGAAGGCCCGAAUCGAGGCAGCUGACGACAGGACUUCUGGCUCAGAAAGUCAACGCCAACAGAAGUCGGCACAGCUAACGGAGCCUCGCAAGACUGUUACAUACGACAACUUACCUUCUGGAUGCUGUGCCCGAAUCGUGGAGGAAUAUCCCGGCAGCCUGGCGAUAACCGUGACUUAUGUAGCCACGCCCAUACAUCGCUACACGUUUUGCCUACGGUUCAAGCGCCUGUGCUUCCCGCUAAGAAGGGACAACAUCUACGCCUUGGCCGACUGUGACGAGGACGGGUACCCGAAACGGCUCGGGUUCCAACUCGUGCGGUCGAAGAAGUUCAAGUCCCCUUCAGGUGAAGUUCACGUUUUGUACCUGUGCCCGUGCGACGCCUCCAAGGAACAGAACAGCCGCCUUUCAGUCGCUGACGGUGUAGUGACGGACGAGAAGCUCAAAGAUUUCGCCACGCGAGAGGAGAGUCUGUACUGUCUGCAUGCCCAGGCCAGACAGCGCAUGACCGAACCAGAGCGCCAAGAGGACGGGGAGGGGGGCGGUCCUGUUGAACACCUGAAGACGGAGCCUUUCCUCGCUGCCGUGUAUGACGGCAAAGCAUAUGGAAUGCUGAGGCGUAUCGGGAAGAGUAAACUCUGCUGCAUGUCUUGUAAGAAACACAAGCAAAGCUGCAUACAUGUCAAGAUGUACACAGAACACGUUAACUGCUAGUUUGUCUUAUAUGUGCUAUAGUCAACAUACCCAUGGUCUAUUGUACGAACAAGACUUUGGUGUAGUUUCGUAAACACGCUGUAGUGAGGGUUUUCACCACAUCCAUGUUGGUCUCCCUUUGACGAAGGGAAAACUUUUUUUCAGUCAAAGCAAGGAGCUUUCAUCGUUUCAAAGUAUAUUUUUCAUACGAGGUCUCGUGAAAACGCUAUUAGCCAAUGAACUAAUCUUUCAGGUCUCGUUUUUGGUAAACAUUUCAGCGAGUUGUAACCAUGGUUUAACUGAUCAUGUACCCGUUCCUUACCACAUUUUUGUAAAGUUAACUGUAAAUUGUAGAAGUGUAUUGUAAGUUGCAUGCAAGUAUCACUGUUUUCCGUCUCAGUUUGGUGUCCCUUAUUUGGUACGUGCGACAUUGUAUAAAAUUCCACGAAGUCAAAGUGGUUUAAACGUUGACUGUAACUGUUAUUCUGUGUAUACAAACUUUAUUAAAUGCUUGCUGUUCAAAAGA